AUGGAUGCCAUUUUGAGUAUUGUUUAUAUUUCUGCUUUAUUCUUACUGCUAGCAUCUUCCACUAUAGCUCAGCCUGUGGUUUUUGAUAUAACAAACUAUGGUGGAGCACCUAAUGGAGAUCUGACCUUAAGCUUGGAAAGAGCAUGGAAAGCAGCAUGUACAUCAGCAAGUGCAAGCAAAGUCUUGGUGCCAAGAAAUACAUACAAUUUGAGACAAAUAGAGUUAAACGGUCCUUGCAAGGCUCCAAUUGAGCUUCAAAUUGAAGGCAAUAUUGCAGCGCCAGAAAAUCCUAAUCAAUUUGAUGGAGACUCUCAAUGGAUCAGUUUUGGAUACAUCGAUUCUUUUACCUUAUCUGGUGGUGCCACCUUUGACGGUCAAGGUUCUACAGCUUGGAAGCAAAAUAACUGUCAUCAAACAUGGAAUUGCAAAAAACUUUCUAUGAAUUUUGGUUUUAGCUUCAUGAACAAUUCGAUCAUUCGAGACACAACAUCAAAGCAUAGCAAACACUUUCAUGUGAAUGUUCUAGGGUGCCGAAAUAUUACAUUUAGCAAAUUCUCCAUUGAGGCCCCAGCAGAAAGUCCGAAUACAGAUGGAAUUCACAUUGGAAGAUCAACAUUGGUGAAAAUACUUGACUCAAACAUUAGAACAGGAGAUGACUGCAUCUCAUUAGGUGAUGGAAGUAAACAAGUGAGUGUUGAGAACGUGACAUGUGGACCUGGCCAUGGCAUUAGUGUUGGAAGCCUUGGAAAAUAUGAAAAUGAAGAACCUGUGGAAGGUCUAAUAGUAAAGAAUUGCACUUUUAAAAAUACUGACAAUGGUGUGAGAAUCAAGACUUGGCCGGGUACUUUAAUAAAAAUUUCAGUCUCUCAAUUGCGUUUUGAGAAUCUCGUUAUGAUUAAUGUCACCAAUCCUAUAAUCAUAGACCAAGAAUACUGUCCAUGGAACCAAUGCUCAAAACAGACUCCAUCGAAAGUACAAAUUAGUAGAGUUUCCUUCAAAAACAUUAGAGGCACAUCAACAACAAAGGAAGGAAUAAUUUUAAUUUGUAGCAGUAGUGUACCAUGUGAGAAGGUAAAACUCACAAACAUUGAUCUCAAAUUCAAUGGGACUCCUACAAUAGCUACUUGUAAAAACAUCAAGCCCCAAGUCUUUGGGAAUGUACCAACCUGUACUCCUUAA